CAUCUAACGGAACAGUGAGAUUCGAUAAGUGAUGAACAAACAUCCUUAGAGUUAGAAAUUAGAAAUUAGAAAUUAGUUGUGAAAACAAAAUCACAAGGGUUUGGUUUUGGUAGCCAACACUACCUGCGUCUUUCGCCUGCGCAGGGUCUGUACUCUGUCUGUUAUUGUGAGUGCGAAAUCGGGUUAGUUGGGUUGUCGGUGCUGGUCGGCAUCACAGAAAAACAUGGUUGCGGAGAUGAAUGUCCGUGAAUUGUCCAUAUCUAAGAAUGACCGUACUUCGAUGCUUGUCAUUGCCAAUUCCAAAUUCCUUACUUUGCCCACCAUGUUGACUCUUGGCCGUGUCGCCUCAAUACCUCUUCUUGUCGCCACCUUCUUCAUGGAUGGUUGGCGAGGAACAGUUGUUACUACAAGUAUCUUCACCGCUGCAGCAGUUACCGAUUGGCUUGAUGGUUAUAUUGCUCGUAAGAUGAAAAUGAAAUCUACAUUUGGUGCAUUUUUAGAUCCAGUAGCUGAUAAGCUCAUGGUUUCUGCCACAUUGGUCUUAUUAUGUACUAGACCUUUGGAAGUUGCUGUGUUUGGACAAUUACCAUGGCUAUUGAUCAUACCUUCAAUCACCAUAAUUGGUAGAGAGAUAACCAUGUCGGCACUGAGGGAAUGGGCUGCAUCCCAGGGUAGCAAGCUUCUAGAGGUUGUUGCAGUUAAUAAUCUGGGGAAAUGGAAAACAGCCACACAGAUGUUGGCGUUAAUUAUCCUCCUUGCUACGCGGGACUGCAGUCGUGGAGGACCUGUCAUUUUGGUAGGAUCUGGUGUUCUGUUGCUUUACAUUUCAGCAGGGCUUUCCUUAUGGUCAUUUGUAGUAUAUACGAGGGAAAUUUGCAAGGUUUUGCGGAGUCAACCCAGGUAAAGAAAAGAAGAAACAAAGAAAAAAAAAAUGACGUGUGGAUUGAAUUGGAAGAAUCCAGGUUAUUAGUCAUGCGGAUCGAAUUCUAUCUACAUUUUGGAGCCCAUUAAAGUUUGCCACAGGAGAAAAUUCACUAGAGGAAUUAUUGUAUGGUUGUUAUUGACUCUUAAAUUGGUUUUCUUUCAGGUCUAUUAUUUGACAGCACUUAAAUACAAGAGUUAUUUUCAGUGUCCGGUCAUUUUUUGAAUAUUCCAUGCCAUUUGACCUUACCUUUCUUUUUAUGUGUAUUUCGAUUUUACUUUG